AUGGGCAACACGCUCUACGACGGAACUAUCACAGUCGUCCAAGCCAUCCUCAACACCCUCUCCCACAUCCUCCGCCAAGCUGAGCAACUCCCCAAUGCAAACGCCCUCCUCGACGCCCGUCUGUACACGGACAUGUACCCAUUGACCGACCAAGUCCGUCUCGCGACGCAGUUCUCCGAGAACCUCGUCGCACGACUAACCGCUCGGGAGCCGGUGACGUUUCCCGGUAAGCCAACGACAUUUUCCGAAUGCCACGAGCGCAUUGAGACGGUGUUGAAAACGCUCAAUGAGGCAGACAAGAAUGUCGUCAAUCAACAGGGCGAUAUUGUUGGGACUAUGAAGGUUGGUCCUGAGGCGACGAUUGAAAUUGGCGGUGCUGCGUAUGCGCAUACCAUUGCCUUGCCGAAUAUUUACUUCCAUCUUGCGACUACGUAUGGGAUUUUGAGGAAAGAGGGGGUGCCAUUGGGGAAGAGGGACUAUUAUGCUGGUUUUUUCCCUGUUCAGUAG